GAGAGAAAAAAAAAAUGUAUCUAGAGCAUUAGAAGUCAGAAGAGCACAGUGGUACUAACUUAAUAAAAAAACAAAAGAGAGAAGGUUCUAUUUACAACUUGGAUAAGUUGUCUGCUCAAGAAAAUGGCAAACACACACACACGCACUCUUCAUUUAUCGUGUAUCAAUAAUGGAAAUAAAGCAAGUGAUUUGAACUGGGUAUUAUCUCCUUAACUAAAUAGGUCCCGCCCUUUAAGUACAUGGUGAAGUGAGUUAGCUGGAGCGUGUUCUUCUCUACACUCUGUUUUCUUAUACCCUGCGCCUGGUUUUGAGUUGUAUGCCAAUUCUUUUCUCAUUUUCAUUAAAUGUGGCUAACCUAUGAGACUCUAGUACAACUCUUAGCAAGCUCAUUUUCUGUGUGUCUUUCUAUCUUUCUGUGCUUGUGAAUUGUGCCAAUGGCGAGUGGACUUCCCAUGCUUAACUGCCUGUUACAGCACACCUUGAGAAGCCUUUGUACAUGUUCAGAUUCUUCUAAUUCUUCCAAAUGGGUUUAUGCAGUCUUUUGGAGGAUACUUCCUAGAAAUUACCCUCCACCAAAAUGGGAUUAUGGAGGCACUGCCCUUGAUCGAUCCAAAGGAAACAAAAGAAACUGGAUCCUUGUUUGGGAAGAUGGGUUCUGUGAUUUCUUUGAAUGCGAGAGAGCGGGAAGUGGGCAUAUGAAGGGGAGGUUUGGAGCAGAUGUUUUCUUUAAAAUGUCUCAUGAGGUCUAUAAUUAUGGAGAAGGGUUAGUAGGGAAAGUUGCAGCAGAUAACAGUCACAAAUGGGUGUUUAGAGAAACCCCAAAUGAGAGUGAUCCUAACUUCAUCUCCUCAUGGAAUAUGUCUAUCGAACCUCGACCAAGAGCAUGGGAAUUUCAGUUCAAUUCAGGCAUUCAGACAAUUGCCAUAAUUGCAGUCAGAGAAGGCAUAAUUCAAUUGGGUUCAUUUGAUAAGAUUGCAGAAGAUCUCAAUUUGGUGAUCAAUGUACAGAGGAAAUUCAGCUAUCUCCAAAGCAUACCAGGAGUUUUUGCAAUGCAAAGACCGUACCUACCAAUCCAACAUCCAUACAUUCUCAAACCGAAUACCCGGACGAUAGAAAGUGAAGAAAUAGGUUUCUCAGUUGAUGAUAAACGCCAAAUAACUGGGGUAAAGAGAUUAUUUGACGAAAGCUUUGAUGAUUCUCCUCUCAAGUCCAUUAAUUUAGGUUUGAACAGUCCACAAAAUGGCAUUACAGGGCCACCCAUUUGGUCAAUUCCACCUCUUUUGCCUACCAUGUCUUGUAGUCUUGGAGCUUUGCUAUCAAGAUUACCUUCUGUUAUCCCUUCCUAUGGUACUACCAUUCAAGCACUUGACACUACUCUGAUUAACACCAACAAUAAUAAUAGCAUAAGUCAGAGAGCCAAGGCUGAGAAUUUUGGUCAUCUUGCUAGUACAAAAGUGGAAUCCUCUUGCCAAUUAGAUGGAGAAAAACCCAAUUCCCUGAACCCUAAUUUAGAGUUAGAAAAUAGGGCAGUUGGCUUUGGACAUAUUAGAGAGGGAGAAAAUAGAUUAAACCUCAGUUAAUUAGGAGAAAUUAAAUUGUGUUUAAUGUUGGGUUUUGGGUUGUUGGAUGAUGUUCUUACCUCAACUCAUUUGCUUAUGCCUUUGUUCAUAAAUUAUUAGUCAGCAAUAAAAGGUAUUAAUUAUGUAAUUGUGUUUCAAUGCAAUCUAGCUAAAAGGCUAAAAGCGGGUCUUUUCUCU